AUGGGUCAAAACGUCUCGGCUAUCAAUGGCGUCAGGUCAGACAACUACUACAAGCCAGGGAAUGCCAUUAACGAGAUCUGGAUUGGAGAUGUUGAGCUCAUCUCCCGCCUGCCAUUUGGGGACUCCGACAUAGCACAGGCUGGCUGGUCAAACGGUGGCUGGCCUAAAGUCCCCUGGCACAACUUUAUCAUCCCGAUGAAGCGAAGCACACCGCCACCACCGCCAGAGAUCGUGAUUACCACAAAACCUGGCAAGACAGACGAAGACGUAUCUGCUACUUGUGACGGCGGCGACGGCGGCGAUGACGGGGAUGGUGGGGAUGGCGAGGAUGGCGGGCACAGUGGCUAUUUUUCAGAAGGUGCCCUUUCCGACGUCGGCCAUAUAGCCCUUAUGGGUGCUCUUUCAAUGGCAUCCGCUGCGAGUUUCCAGGUACCUAUGUACCUGCGGCACUCUCCCGAACCUUCUAGCUUGGCUUUGGAGUCUCAACAGAAGAAGAACAGGUAUUACAUUACCCGCGCUGGCAUUGCCACACUUUCGCUGGCGGUGUGCCUGGCGUCUUCAAUCUUCAACGUGCAUUUCAUCAUACGAUUUCAUCCUUCUGAAUCACUGCGUCUAUGGCUUGUGCCGGUGUUUCUUGUUCUCUGUGGUUUCGGAUUCGCGUGGGGGAUGUUUGUCCAACUCAAGGCGAUCGUUCCACUCUGGAAGGAUUGGAGGAGGGUUCGGCGUGAGGGCGAUCUUGAAAUGGUACAUCGAUAG